AUGAAAUUUUUCAAUAUUUCUUGCUUUGAAAAUGAUUAGAGUGGAAAGUUGUAAAAUUAAGUGUUUAAGACGACAAUUCAUAAUUUUUCUUAUCUAAUAAGAUUCAACGAUCUAUAGGACUUGAUUCAGCAAUAAUAAGUACAAAUAGUUAUUUAAGAUAAUCGAUUUAAAAAAUAAUUAGGAAUAAGAUUAAUGAAAAAAAAAUUUCAUGAAAAAUAUAAUGCUAAAAUGUUUGAAGCUCUCAAUUAUUAAUAAAAUAAAAGCAGUUAUUAAGAAAGAAAUUUCAAAACCAAUUACAAUUAGAAAAAAAUAGUGACAUCAAUAAUUAACAAAUGUGAAGAUUCAUUUUAAAAAAAUCAUUCAUCCUUCGAGAAAAAAAAUAAAAACAAAUAUAAUCAUAAAUGUAUCGAUCUAAAUGAAUUUUAUUUUACAGAACUUGUUUUUAAUAAAAUGCAAACAUUUGAAGAAGCAUUGCAAUUAAUUGAUUUAGCUCUUUAAAAAAGCCCCGAAAAUCCAGAGUACUAAAAUUGCAAAGGUAAAUAAAAAUCAUUUAAUAAAAGCGAUUGCGUUAGCAAAAAUAAAUAGAUUUGGAGAAGCAUUACAAUAUUUUGAUUCAGCAAUUAAAAAAAUCCCUGACAAUGCAGAUUAUUAUUAUAAUAAAGGUAUCUUUCUAAAUGAAUGUUUAUUUUCCAGCACUUGUUUUAGGAAAACUGAAUAGAUAUGAAGAAGCAUUGGAAUAUUACGAUUCAGCUAUUUAGCAAAAUCCAGAAGAUGCAGAUUAUUAUUAUAAUAAAGGUAUCUUUCUAAAUGCAUGUUUAUUUCCAGCACUUGUUUUAGGGAAAAUGAAUAGAUUUGAAGAAGCAUUGGAAUAUUACGAUUCAGCUAUUUAGAAAAAUCCAGAAGAUGCAGAUUAUUACAAUAACAAAGGUAUAUUUAUCAACUUAUCCUUUCUCAUUAGCAAUUACUUUAGAUAAGUUGAAUAAAUUGGAGGAAGCAUUAGAAUUUUAUGAUUUAGCUAUUGAAAAAUACCCAUAAAAUCCGAGCUAUUAUUAUAAUAAAGGUAUAUGUACAAUUUAUAUUAAAAUAUAGCAAACAUAUUAUAAAAAAUGAAUAGAUACGAAGAAGCAUUGGAAUAUUACAAUUCAGCUAUUUAGCAAAAUCCAGAAGAUGCAAAUUAUUACAAUAACAAAGGUAUAUUUAUCAACUUAUCCUUUCUCAUUAGCAAUUACUUUAGAUAAGUUGAAUAAAUUGGAGGAAGCAUUAGAAUUUUAUGAUUUAGCUAUUGAAAAAUACCCAUAAAAUCCGAGCUAUUAUUAUAAUAAAGGUAUCUGUACAAUUUAUGUUAAAAUAUAGCAAAUACAUUAUCAAAAAUGAAUAUAUAUGAAUAAGCAUUGAAUAAUUAUAAUUAUGCAAUAGUUAAAAACCCAGAUGAUUUAGACUAUUAAACUAACAAAGGUAUUUUUUUAAGCAUAUCUCCUUAUUAGAAAAAACUAUAUUAUAGCACCAUUCGAGUUAUAUAAAUAACAUUACAAAGGAUUUAAGCUAACAAUAUUUUACUGAAGAUAAAUUUAUAAGUUAAGAUUAAUAUAAUACCAAAAGUAAACAGUCUAAUAGAUACUUAUAUAGCAAUCACAAUAUGUAAAAUGAAUAAAUGUUAAGAAUCAUUAUAAAAAUUUGA